GGGAGGGAGUGCAGCCGCGGGAGCGGGAUGGAGACCAGCAGCCCGCGGCCCCCGGGACCCAGCCCCGUCCCCGCGCUGGGCCUGGACGCCCGACUGGGCGUGGACACGCGCCUCUGGGCCAAGGUGCUCUUCACCGCGCUCUACUCGCUCAUCUUCGCGCUGGGCACUGCGGGCAAUGCGCUGUCCGCGCACGUGGUGCUGAAGGCGCGGGCCGGCCCCCCUGGGCGCCUGCGCUGCCACGUGCUCAGCCUGGCGCUCUCCGCCCUGCUGCUGCUGCUGGUCGGCGUGCCCAUGGAGCUCUACAACUUUGUGUGGUUCCACUACCCCUGGGUCUUCGGCGACCUGGGCUGCCGCGCCUACUAUUUCGUGCGCGAGCUGUGCGCCUACGCCACGGUGCUCAGCGUGGCCAGCCUGAGCGCCGAGCGCUGCCUGGCCGUCUGCCAGCCCCUGCGCGCCCGAAGCCUGUUGACACCGCGCAGGACCCGCCUCCUGCUGUCCCUCGUCUGGGCCGCCUCGCUCGGCCUGGCUCUGCCCAUGGCAAUCGUCAUGGGGCAGAAGCACGAGCUGGAGACGGCCGGCGGGCAGCCGGAGCCCGCCUCACGCGUGUGCACCGUGCUGGUGAGCCGUCCCACGCUGCAGGUCUUCAUCCAGGUGAAUGUGCUGGCGUCCUUUGUGCUCCCCUUGGCAUUAACUGCUUUCCUCAGCGGGGUCACCGUGAGCCACCUGGAGGCCCUCUGCUCCCAGGGCCCAUCCCCUUCUGCCACAGGCAGCUCCGCCCCCAGCCACCUGAAGCUAAUGAGCGAGGAGAGGAGGACACUGGCCCUGGGAGGCCAGGCCGCCCUGGUGAGACACAAGGACUCCCGCCGGAUCCGUGGCCUCCAGCGCAGCAUCCAAGUUCUCAGAGCCAUCGUGGCUGUGUAUGUCGUCUGCUGGAUGCCGUACCACGCCCGCAGGCUCAUGUACUGCUACGUCCCUGACAACGGGUGGACCGACAAGCUCUACGAUUUCUAUCACUACUUCUACAUGGUGACCAACACGCUUUUCUACGUCAGCUCGGCGGUGACCCCUGUGCUGUACAAUGCUGUGUCCUCCUCCUUCAGAAAACUCUUCCUGGAAGCCCUCAGCUCCCUGUGUCGAGAGCACCACCCCACGGAGCCAUUCCCCCCAGGGCCCCGGAGCCCCGUCCUAGUGGAUACAGCAUCCGGCCCUGGGGCUCCCCCAGGAAUCCUGGCCUGGAUCAAAUUGAAGAAUGAGAAGAGUAACACUGACUGCACAGCCAUCCAGCAGUCAGAUGAGCAAUUUCAUCACUAAUAACUCAAGCCAUGCAGUCAGGCGGACCUACAGGGACCCCCAGCUCUGCCACUCACCAGCUGUGUACCUGCAGGCGAGUCACUUACACCUCUUAGCCUCAGUCUCCUCGUCUGUGUGAUGGAGACGAAUAAUACCCAUCUUUCCUGUUGUCUGAAGAUUAAACACUUAGCACAGUGCCUGGUGCAUAAUAAAGAAUAUAUUUUCGCUGGCAUUAUUUUUGUUGCUAUUGUUAUUACUAUUAUUAUUAUUAUUGUUAUUGCUGUUUCUCUGCUCUCCUGAAUUUCUGCAAAUGACAAACCAACAGUGCCCAGAGCUGACUGCCUUGUUAGAUCACAUGAGCUGUAGUAAAAUCAUCCAGUCGCUCCAAGUAAGGGAGCAGCCAUUCACCCCAGCAGGAGCAUUCUGUGGGCCCUAGAGAGCCUGGAGUCACCAGCUGCCCUCUCUGGCCUCGGACCUGUGUGUCUGCCUGACGUGAGGCGGCCGGUGCAGCCGUGGGAUGACGGCAGGGCUGCCUGCUCUGGAGAACAGCCCCACAGACGUGCUCUGGCCAGCAGUGUUCGGAAAGGUUGCAUUUCCAUUCUUUUUGUCAGAGCAGGCUCCCUCCAUUUCCCCGCAGGUCUCAGCCCCUCUCCUGCCUGCACAGGGCCAGGUACUGCUUGACGCGGCCAGCCUUGCUCCUGAAGGCUUGUGAGGCCUGAGCCCAGAGAGAAAGGGUGGUUUUCCUGUCUGUUGCCAUUGAAGCCACAGAUCUGCAAAGGGGCAGGAAGAGAAAAGUGAAGCGCAGAGCAGACGGACCAAGAAAAGGUUUCUGGGGCUUCCCCAGUGGCGCAGUGGUU